GGGGGAAAGUAGAGAGAGAGAGAGAGAGCUAAAAAGGGUAAGGAGAGAGAGUUUUAAUUUGUGGAGCGAAAUGGAUGCGGCAUUGUCGUCCAUCUCUCCAAAGAGCUCAAGCGCAUCAUCACUGCCACUGCUUUCAUCCUCCAACAACUAUCGCCCUGCCGUUAUUCUCCCAGGCUUAGGGAACAACUCCGGUGACUACCAGAGUUUGAAGCAAACGCUGAACGACAAGUACGGCGUGGCCACCGUGGUGGCCAAGGUGUCGAGGCUUGAUUGGUUCCGCAACGCUGCUGGUUUGCUCGACCGCAAUUAUUGGCGUGGCACUCUGCUACCCAGACCUGUCCUCGAUUGGUAUUUGGAGAGGGUUCACGAUGCUGUUCAAGAGGCUAAGGAGGGUGCUGCAAAUGGAACUGUGUCUUUGAUUGGACACUCGGCAGGAGGAUGGCUCGCGCGUGUCUAUAUGGAAGAAUUUGGAGUGUCCAACGAUAUAUCCCUCUUAUUGACCCUUGGAACUCCUCAUCUACCACCCCCGAAAGGCGUGCAAGGGGUUAUUGAUCAAACGCGGGGUCUCCUUGAUUAUGUUGAACAAAAUUGCUCCAAACCUGUUUACACCCCUCAGGCUCAAGUCAAGUAUGUAUGUAUAGCAGGAAGGUAUAUUAAAGGAGCAAGGCUUUUUGGCAACUCCAAUCCAAAUCCAGAUAUUGAGGGCGAGGCUCAGCUAGUAUCCGAUGCUGCUAUUCUCACCACCUAUCCAUCUAAAUCUAAUACAACAUUACGUGCUCGCUUUGUGGGGCAAGGAUACAAACAGGUUUGUGGCCAAGCAGAUGUAUGGGGCGAUGGUGUUGUACCAGAAGUAUCAGCUCAUCUUGAGGGUGCACUUAACAUUAGCUUCCAUGGAGUUUAUCACUCGCCAGUUGGUGCAGAUGAUGCAACCAGACCAUGGUAUGGUUCACCUCAUGUCUUGGACCAAUGGGUACAACACCUUCUUAAUUAAUUUUCAAAUGUUUCACCACUUCAUCUAUGUAUUGUUUAAUCUGUUACCAAGUCAUUGUUUUAUCAUUCUAUAUAUAGCCUCUCCUUCCUCUGGCUCCUUCUGUAAUUUAUUGUUACCUUUUCUAAUUAACACGUGUUAUUUUGUCUUGAGAGUUGAGAUGAGAUCAUCAAUUCACUUAACUGGAGCUCAUUCAUGUUAGAGACUUAGAGUUGUGAGACUUUUUGUCUUUUGAAUAAGUAGAGUCUUUGCUGUUACAGACUUUUCUCCUUAUUUUUUCUGUUUUUUAGUUAGUUAUUGCUAUCCCAAUAAAAUCUUAGUAUUUGAGAUUUUUUAA